CGACGCCUGUGACCACUGUAGAAAGAGGGUUGGACCAGAUUUAGUCAGGGCUGAGCUGUGAGGUGUUUGGUACAGGCAGAGGAGCGUUCACAUACGGAUGAAAUCAGCACAGAGAGGCUUGUUUUACAGUAGCGAUACCCUGUAGGCAGCACUGUACACCACUGGUUGGCACUGGGAUCUUUCUUUGUUGUGGAGUACAGGAUCAGAAGCAGCAAAUGUUUCCGGUCAGGCAGCCUUGGCUUUGCAAAGCCUUAGGUUGUUAUGAUUGCUGUAUCCGGUGCCUUGGGGCAGUGCCCUACCCAUCCCUGGUUGCCACCCUGCUGUGCUAUGCUGGCAUGGCAUUAUUUUGUGGCUGUGGGCACGAAGCGUUGGCCAAUACCGAAGUCCUCGUCGAGACUUACUUUGCCCGCAACGUUCAGGACUAUGUGGUCAUGGCCUCUUUUAUCAAAUACUUCCAGUACGUGAUCUACGGCCUGGCAUCCUUUUUCUUCCUCUACGGCAUCCUGCUGCUGGCUGAGGGUUUCUACACCACGAGUGCAGUCAAGCAGACUUUUGGCGAAUUCAGGAGUACCCAGUGUGGCCGCUGCCUCAGCCUGACGUUUAUCAUAGUGACGUACAUCUUGGCCUUCAUCUGGCUGGCAGUGUUUGCCUUCACUGCCAUCCCCGUCCUGUUCUUGUUCAACAUGGAGCAGACCUGCCACACCAUCAACAUCCUGGCAGAAACAACACCCAGCAUUAAUCAGCAUGGCUGGAUUUGCAUGGAUGCCAGGCAGUAUGGUCUGCUUCCUUGGAAUGCAAUGCCAGGCAAGGCUUGUGGAAUGACCUUGGCAUCGAUUUGCAAAACCAGCGAAUUCUACGUCACUUAUGACUUGUACAUAGCUGCAUUCGCCGGUGCUGGGGUCACUCUCUUGGCACUGUUCCUGUACAUGGUCGCCACCACCUACAACUACGCAGUGUUGCGGUUCCUGGGCAGAAAAGGGAUCCGCUAAGAGCAACACCUCAGUCAACCCCAUCGUCUGGCUUUGAGAAGGACAGUCAACGUUAUGCAACACUAGAUUUACAUUCAUCCUCUGGGAAACUGCAACUUCCAAACCUGGAUCACCUGCUAGUAUUUCUUUAGACAUGUCCAAUAACAAAAGACAAAAUGUGUCUUAUCACUGUUAAGUAUGAACAACAGACAGAGAGAUGAAGAUAAUUCACACCCAGCGAUGAGCUCUGGCCUGCUCCUCAAAUCCUCCUCUCAGAUGAUUCUCUUAGCUUUGUUGUUCAUUUUCCUUUUUGCAGGUUGUGUCUCUCAUUUUAUCUUUUCUGUGACGCUUCACUGGUGCUGAUUGUGAUGUAUGAUGUUUCAUGAAUAAUUAAGAGAUAUGACAGCUUGCCUUGCGAGUCAUAACUGCGUGCGCACCACUCAGUGUUUACUGAUGCACAUAUUGGUUCUGAAUAUGAUUUUGCUGCUGCCUCAUUAUCACCAUCUUGCGUAUCAACAUUGUGUGAACUAAAGCAAUUGAAGCUGAAACUACCAAAGUUUCUUUUUGAGCUUUUCACUUCACAAAAAAAGUACUUUGCACUCACUCACAAUGCAUUUUUGCUAUGUAGGGGGUGAAACAAAUAUCUGUAUUCCUGGAGGUGUUUUGGUUAAAGCUUAAAAUAAGCUACCCGAGGGGGUUGAUGCUUCAAUAACUGAUCUCCAGGUGACUUGUGUUUAAUGUGUAGCCCUGCUGCUUGGUCUGGUGUGUGCUUAUUUGAAAUUAAGGCUGAUUAAACCAUUUAAAUCUGAGGCAAUACAUUGUGAUUUUUAUUUAAACCAUACAGUAUGUUGCAAUAAAAUCAUUUAUGCUGA